AUGUGCUGGCUCGACUUUGCGGCUUACCCGCACAUUGUCGAGGAGAUUCUUGAUCUCGCUCCCGCCGAAGCCAUCCCGACACUGCGCCAGGUGUCCCGAGGCGUCCGCGACCGGCUAGAUCGGCGACUCGCGUACCACGUCGUACUGCCUCAUUACCUGGGCGAGAGAGCGCCGCGCCUCCUGCCCAACGCGGGGCAGCUGCUAACCCGCUCCAGCCUGACCAAAACACGCAUUGUUCAGCUACAAUCAUGGUCGGGUCAGGACGGGUACCCUCGAACGGCAGCGGAGGAGGCGCUCCUCGACUUGCCGGGGCUGCGGUGGGUCGUACUCGACUUUCCAUCACAGUCGCACCGCAUGGGCUCCAUGCCCGUUCUGCGAGCGGGACAAACGGCAGUUCACCCGAUCCGCAACUCGUGGUCACGACAGGUCAAUCACCCCUACCGACUUCGAUAUCAGGACGUCGUCGGCUGCCGCGCUCAUCGCAUCGUGUUCGUCCUCCAGGCCGACCCAAGCGUGUACGCGCCGAUCUGCAGCGUGUUCUACGACUCGUCGUUUCCAAGCCGCGAAUUUGUCAUCUGUCUCCUGCCGCCGCCGGAUGAUCCAAGCACGAAGUGGCUCACCGGCAAGGGCACGAGCCACGCCCCGUUGCUCGACACGCUUGCUGUCAGCGCGGCGAACCUCGGCACACUCACCAUCGCCGGUCUCGAAACCUGGGACGAUAGUGGUCUUGAAGGAUCCUGGCGCGACUUACUCACUGAACGCCUGUCCAGUAUCGUCAACGGCACCACAAGGCGUGACCGCGCGCCUGACCUGACUGUCGUGACCCUUGACGAGUGGAGGCAGCAAGUAGGAGAGGAGGAGUGGUCACUUGUGACCAGCGUACUGGACUGA